UAGUGUCCACACAGGGUCUGAAAGGUCAAAGAGUCACUGGAUCCUUCUCAACGGAAGAGAAAAGGAUUCCCAAACUUUCGAAGGCUCGGCGUCAGCAAAAAAAUAAUAGCAAUUAUUUUCAUCGACGAGCGGGAACGAGAGGCUUCGUCCCCAUUGUUUGGAUGGUCACCCGCCAGACAAUGACCGCUAUAAAAGCCCCGCUUUGGCCCGGCGUUUGCUCUUUGAAAUAGGCACGUUCACCAGCAUCCACAGCAUGGCUUUCUUUCUCGGAUAAACACUUCGCCGAAACGGCCGAGCUGCUGAAGGACGACCCGUCCCCACUGGUGCUUCUCCAGGAGGAGGGACCCCCGCCGGAGCCCCUCUCCUCCUCCUCCUCCUUCUCCGGCGCCGCCGGGCCCGUGAUGCUGGGCCUGAUGGGGGGCGGGCUCCUGUGCGCGGCCUCGGGGCUGGUCCUGCUCAUCGUGGCCACGGCCACCGACUUCUGGGUCCAGUACCGCUACUCGGGGACCCUCUGCCACCAGGGCCUGUGGCGCUUCUGCCUGGGGAGCAAGUGCCACCCGCACACCAUCACCCUUGCCUUCUGGGACACGACGCGGGCCUUCAUGAUCCUCUCAGUCAUCACCUCCUUCGCCGGGAUCAUCUUGGGCCUGACCGCUUACUCCGGCGGCGUCCGUUCAAUCCGCACCCGUUCGGCGGGAGUCACUCUCCUCCUGGCUGGACUGUUUGCGUUGCUGGGGGUUUCGGUCUACACCGGCGUGACGGUCAAUUUCUACGCCAAACGCUACGCCGAGUGGCGCUUCUCCUGGUCCUACAUCCUGGGCUGGAUCGCCAUCAUCCUCACCAUUUCCGCAGGAAUCUUCCACAUUUGUGCCGUGCCCCGGAACACGUCCCCAGAGAGCUCCAACGUGGCCAGCGGCUGACUCCCGGCCCUCCUCCUGGCCCUCCGGCCCAACCCUCUCCUCUCCAGCAUCUUGGUCAUCCUGGGCUUCCUAGUGGCCCCCGUUGCCACCACCAUCCAUCUCCUUCAGGGAUUUUUGAGAAGACCACCACCAACACCAUCUCCAGAUCUUUGCUGAUGUGACAUUGGGGGGCCUGGGGCGAGGAGCUUUCCUUGUAUGAUGGUCUUGGUCCUAUUGGGCUAACUCAAGUAGACCCAUGGGCUCAACUGUGGUAGAGCAGGCCAACAUCAUUGAUUCAAUGGGUCAACCAUUGCUCAGAACGAUUGAUAGGAUAGUCAACAGUUGACCAAUUGAAUUGAUUAUAGUCAACAGUUAAAUUGAUUAUAGUCAACAGUUGACACAUUGAAUUGAUUAUAGUCAACAGUUAAAUUGAUUAUAGUCAACAGUUGACACAUUGAAUUGAUUAUAGAAAACAGUUCACCCAUUGAAUUGAUUAUAGUCAACAAUUGACCCAUUGAAUUGAUUAUAGAAAACAGUUCACCCAUUGAAUUGAUUAUAGAAAACAGUUCACCCAUUGAAUUGAUUAUAAUCAACAACUGACCCAUUGAAUUGAUGGCAGUCGACAAUUGAAGCAAUUAUAGUCAACAGUUGAAUUGAUUAUAGUCAACAGUUGAAUCAAUUAUCAUCAAUAGUUGACCCGUUGAAUUGAUUAUAGUCAACAGUUGAAUCAAUUAUCAUCAACAGUUGACCCGUUGAAUUGAUUAUAGUCAACAGUUGAAUCAAUUAUAGUCAACAAUUGACUCAUUGAAUUGAUUAUAGUCAUUGAUUCAAUGGGUCAACUGUAGUCAAUUGUGGUCAACACCCAUUGAUUCAAUGGGUCAACUUUAGUCAACUGUAGUCCACACUAAUUGAUUCAAUGGGUCAACUGUGGUCAACACCCAUUGAUUCAACGAGUCAAUGCUAGUCAACUGUAGUCAACACUAAUUGUCUCAAUGGGUCAACUGCAGUCAAUUGUGGUCAACACUCAUUGAUUCAGUGGGUCGACUGUGGUCAACACCCUUUGAUUCAAUGAGACAACGCUAGUCAACUGGAGUCAAUACUCAUUGACUCAAUGAAUCAUCUAUAGUCAAUUGUGGUCAACACUCAUUGAUUCAGUGGGUCAACUGUAGUCAACUGUUGUCAACCAUUGAUUCAGUGGGUCAACUGUAGUCAACUGUUGUCAACAACCAUUGAUUCAGUGGGUCAACUGUAGUCAACUGUUGUCAACAACCAUUGAUUCAGUGGGUCAACUGUAGUCAACUGUUGUCAACAACCAUUGAUUCAGUGGGUCAACUGUAGUCAACUGUUGUCAACAACCAUUGAUUCAGUGGGUCAACUGUAGUCAACUGUUGUCAACAACCAUUGAUUCAGUGGGUCAACUGUAGUCAACUGUUGUCAACAACCAUUGAUUCAGUGGGUCAACUGUAGUCAACUGUGGUCAAAACCCAUUGAUUCAGUGGGUCAACGGUGGCCUUUGGUGACCUCCUCUUAAAUUUUUCCUCUUAAAUUUGAAUGAAAGCAUUUCUUGGGGAAGGAAGGGGUUCUCAGAGAUGCCUCACAGAAGGGAAGUCAAUACUAAGUAAAGUUCAGCCGUGUUGA